AUGGACAGCUCUGGCGGCGAUUGGGGCCUCGAGGCGGUCGUCAGGAGCUGCGUCGGUGGCUCCUCCGGUGCCGUCGACGUUCCCAGCUCUGAAGCUGCAGAGCCGCCUCCGGUGGCCGCUCCUUGCCGGGAAGUCAUCCUUGGCUGCGUGGCUCCGGCGCAACCGGUGAGAGCGGCGGCGUCCUCGUCGCUGUUGUACGACGUGCUAGAGUACCUAGACCUGGAGCACGAGCAGCUGUCUAGGGCGCCAUUUUCCAUCACACCGUCGUCCGCUCGUGAGCGCGAGGUGCUCAUCUCCUUCCCGGCCGCCUCGACAUCCGGGCAGCCACUGCCGGCGACCUCAAGGAAGCAGGUCGGCCGGAAACCGAGCGGUCGGGCACACAGACCUAAAAGAAGCAAGAGCAAAAAGAACAUGGUGAAGAAGGUGGUGCGCGAGGUGCCGGUGGCCGACGGCGGCGUCUCCGGCCCCGAUGACCAGUGGGCGUGGCGAAAGUACGGCCAGAAACCCAUCAAGGGCUCCCCGUACCCACGAGGAUACUACAAGUGCAGCAGCCUCAAGGCGUGCACGGCGCGGAAGCUGGUGGAGCGCAGCCCGGCCAAGCCCGGGGUGCUCAUCGUCACCUACAUCGCCGACCACUGCCACGCCGUGCCCACCCACAUCAACGCGCUCGCCGGCACCGCGCGCAACCCGCCGCAGUCGCCCUUAUCCGACGACACUACGAAGCGUGAGGAGUACAGCGCCGACGUCUCGUCCUCCGUGGCCGCGGACACUGGCGCCGACGGCGACUCCGAGCUCUGGGCGCCCGUGGAGAUGGACGAUGUGUUCGGUGCCUUUGAUGAUGAUUUCGACCAUUUCUUCGAUGACGGCGAUGUGUUCGGACAAUCGGUUUCGCUCUAGUUGGGUAGGCUAAUUUAGGGAGGCAUGUUGUUAGCAUAAAUGAAUGGUAGUUAUCGGCUUAUUUCCUUGCAGAAAAUAUACAGCACGGACGUGAGAAUUAUGUCCCCAUGGCGAGACACAAUCCCCGCCUUCGAUGACAACUUCUGA